GAUAACAAUAUAUUCCAUAUCGCUAAUCCUUACGCUUAGUAUAAUUUGUGUUAUUAAGAAAAACAACAUCAACGUGCAUAUCAAUAAAUUCUCUUUCUGUCUACCUGUAUAAUGUUAUACAGGAGAGAAUAGUACCGUCACUAAGUGUUUUCCAUCUUUUUAAUCCAUCUGGGUCGUAAAACUGGACCAUCAUUUCGAGGAGUUUUUCGCUCUGUUGAACUGUGCUAUUUCUUUAUUGUUUUUGUAUUGUGUCCAGGAAAUUUUUAUGAUUCCUGAUUUUACGCUUCGAUUUUUCAUUUGAUUCGAAUUUCCUCGUUUGGUUCUGUAUUUUGGUACAAUUCGCUGAAAAAUUAUAGACUGUUCUAUUAAUAUUCGGAGUUUCCGAUUCGGAUCAUUUCUCAUUUUUUGUAUUCCGGUCGAAUUCUUAUCGCAUUCACUCGUGAAAACUUAUCGAUUGUUGACCUUUCGCGCAUACGUUUCAAAAGCGAAGGUGUGAAAAAACUUUGAAAGGCCUUCAAAAGGCGUGAACUUUUUUGUUUCCUUUCGAAUAUCGUUGCUUGUUUUUGAGAAAUUCCUUGUUUAUAAAUUUUACCCGCGCCAUAAUAUUGUCCUUGAUUGCAGAAUUUAAGGCUGAACAAAGAAAGACGUGUACAAGUUGCAAGUGUUCGCUAUUACAACAUGAGAUUUUGCUCGUGAAUCCGAUGAAAAAUUCUGCCAAAAUGCUAAGCGAAAUCCACGCGACGUCAAACAACAUAGCACUGCAACAAUCUACAGUUUCCUCCCUAAAUAAUUCCGCCAAUAUGUCCUAUCCCAAUUUCAACACAUCGAUCGCGUCCAGCGUUUCGUCCAGUGUAUCCGACCAUAACUUCAACAAAUCUAACGCCAGUCACUGCUCUAGUAGCAGUAAUAGUAGCGUAGCGAUUGUGUUUCCGAACCUGGGGUCGACGACGGUGAGUAGCGACAGCACGAGUACAGCACAAGACAGCAAUUCGGCAGCCACGACGAUGACUUCGAGUGUCCAAGAGUACACAUGGGCGCCCCAUGGGCUGAACCGUGAACAGAUCGAACAGUACUUCUCGCGUCUGCCUGAAGAAUGUGUGCCUCGUGUGAACUCAGUGGGAGAAGGGAACCGACUGCGUCAGUUGAUCCUCCAACUGCCCCCUCAGGACAACGAGAGCAAACACUGCGUGGAAUUGAGUGGGGAUGAGAAGAAGGAGUUGAGACUGUUCUACGUGGAGAGAAAGAGAGAUAGUUUGGGCAGAGGCACUGUGAGACCCAUUCCACAUAAUCACUACGGCAUGGAGUGCGUCAAGUGUAAGACGAAUAUCGGAGGUGGUGAACUGGCAGUGUUUGCUGUGCGUGCUGGACACUCCAAGUGCUGGCAUCCAGAAUGCUUCACGUGUGAGACUUGUGAGGAACUGCUGGUGGACCUCAUCUACUUCUGGAAGGAUCCACACAUAUACUGUGGCAGACACCACGCACAAGUGCUCAAGCCACGAUGCACGGCUUGUGACGAGAUCAUCUUCGCGGACGAGUGCACGGAGGCUGAGGGGAGGUCAUGGCAUACGAGACACUUCUGCUGCUGUGAAUGUGACUGCACUUUGGGGGGACAGAGGUACAUCAUGCACGACUCCAAACCCUUUUGCUGUCCCUGCUACGAGAGAGUCUAUGCACAGUACUGCGCCUCUUGCAACCAACUCAUAGGUGUGGACGAAGGCCAGAUGACAUACGAAGAGCAACACUGGCACGCGACCCCAGAGUGCUUCAGCUGUUUCCGGUGCCAAAAACCUCUUCUAGGCUUACCUUUUUUACCCAAACGAGGUGCAAUAUUCUGUUCACUCAUGUGCGGAAAAACAGAACUGAACCACUCUAUGAACAGACAUAACAGAAUAGAAAGUGGGGGUAUGAGUUUGAAUAAUAGUACACUCAGUAAUGUUAUCACCAGCCAAAUAUCUCACCAAAAUUCACCCACCGCAAUCGCCAUCACCCGAAAAGACUCCAAAUCCGAUCACUCUUCCGAAUCCGGUUCGCAAAAAAAGACCCAACACCUCAAAACUUCAUCGUCCUUAGAAGAUAUUUCAACCUCUGUACAUAUUAAACAAUUGCCUAAACUAAGUGUAGAACACAGUCUAUUAAAGAAACCAAAUUUCGCUACUUCGAAAACAUCAGACUCGCCAAAAACGUUAAUUAAACCUUUCAACUACACACCGCCCCGAAGUUUACCAUCAACAGCCAUAAGUACCGUGCCAACGGAAAGCAGUCAAGCCGCCGACAACACUUUAUCAACGACUGCAACAUCCGAUCAAGCUCCGACAGCUCCGAAUAAUACACCGGCGAGUCCCAAUCGAAAGCCCCCAACAAACUCAUCGUCGAAUACUCCGACUACUACAAGUCAUCAGUUGCACCCUCUUCAGAUCAAAGACGAGGACAACGACAGUGCUAUUUCCUCUUACCACAGUACCUCUGACUCAAACACAGGAACUGUAAGUCCUCAAGAUAAAGUACCCACAAGUCUAAUCGGCCCUGCAGUACCUGUCGAAAGCCCUCCCCCACUACCCCCGAAGCCCGCUUUUAUGCGAGCGGCCGCGACAUGUCAUAAACCAUUACCUUUGAAGGCCUCGGAUAAUACGACUUACUUGAACGAUACGACUGCGCAACGAAUUUUGGCAGGUGAACUGGAUUUCGAGGACGGAAGUAUGAGCAAGUCUUUUAGCUACAGGUCUCUACCCGACCUGAAGAAAUCAAAUCUGAAAAACAGAACUGAAAAUGCUUCGUCGCUUUAUUCGUCGACGGCCAAUAAGAACGUGAGUUUCAACCCUUUUGUGACCGAAAGAUCACGAAGUAACUCGUUGCCGAGAAGCAUCGGAUCCGAGGACGAAUACGAACUGUCUGGAGCUCACUCGGACUCUGAAGAUUUCCGACGCGAGUCGAGAUCACGAAGAUCUGCCGAAUGGAAACACCUCUCAGAUCUGCGGGACUUUUCACGCGAGGAGCGACUGAGGUAUCUCGGACAUAAAGAUCAUUCGGAAUGGCUGGAAGAAAGGAGAACGCAUCCUUAUGGAUACUAUACGGAUAGUUCGAGUUCUUCGAGCGAUGACGAUGAUGUCUACUGGCCACAACAUGCACGUCCGGGUGGCGCAACUGUUAGUUCGCACCAUACUGUUCACGGUGCACAAAUGAACAUGCGUCGGAAAAAGAAAGCGGGACGAAAAAAUAAAUGCAAAAUUAGCUGACCAAAAAAUAUGGACUGAAUUUUGUUUCUAAUGUGACAAACAAAAUUUGCAGCACAAAAUUUGCACUCAGGGCUGAAAAAUGGUUUAAAGUUAGAUGUAGAAUUACUUAUAAUUUCUUAGAUGCUUCUUCCCAAUACAGCACAAUAAAUAAUAGAGCCAAAUCUCAGUUAUAAUUUAUCAAUGUGAACACAAACCUCGAAUCAUAAUAUAAGCUUUCGGAGUUGUCAACUCGGAAAACGAACCAAGUGCAAUUAAAUUGGUAAUAGAACAAUAACACAAUUUGAUAUCAAUGACUUUUAUAGUAUCUAUAUUUUGUUUAUUUUUCACCUUUAUUUUGUUCCCUUUUUGUAUAAUUUAUGAUGCUGGAAGUUUGAAAAAUAGUUUCAGUCACUGCUCUUUUUUCGAAGUUUCAUCGUUUUGAGUUUCAUUUGUUUCUGCUAAAGUUUCCUCCGAAUUCGUUCGUUUUGGCUCGUUUGUAGGCUCCUCAUUAAAAUAAUACCGGUCCAAAAUGAUCUCCAGUAAAUACAGGAAACCCAGAAACCCAAUUAUACAAUAAAAAUAAUCAAAGGUUGAAUCGCUAAGAGAUAAAUGCGAAAUCAUUUUUCAGCUUGAAUACUUCUCGUAUACUUUUUUCAAAAGCAGCUGAAUU